GGUCAAAAGGUGGGUCACACUUGUACGAGAGAAACGGACGUUGUUGAGUCUACCUGAUGACCAUACCCAACAUAAAAAAGAAAAAGAAAAAAGAAAAAAGAAAAAAUAAAAAAGAAAAGGAAUCCACCAGAUAAACAUCUCCUAUCACUGGCCCACAUUAUGCAUUGGGAGGAGACGUGAGAGUAGGAUUCAGAUGGCUACUCACGCCAGUAGAAACGGCAUCCCUCUCCUCUUCAAAAAGAAAUGCAAGCUAUCAAGCAAACCCUUCAUAACCACAAAUCCAUCAAAGCCCAACGACCCCAUCAACCCCAUGGAAGCCACAUUCUGCCUACCCCGCCACAUCUGUACGAAACUCAUCUUUACCACCCCUUUCAAUAGACCAACCAUCCACUUUCAGGUGGAUCUCAGUUUCCACCGCCACUGUUCACUGCAGGGCCGCACCAUGCAAUCAUGGCCCACCCAGAAGGCCCAUCGAAAGACGUUGGUCGUCAACUCUCUUCUAGACGGAGGCGAUGGCAAGGUAAGGAUCCCCAAAUUGGGGACCCAAAAUACUGAAGGAAGUGAUCAGAUUGAUAACUUGAUGGGAAUUAGUGAGAGAGCACUUCAGUCGUUGAUCAAAGCAAGUGAACCAGAAUUGGAAGUCACCAAAAACACUCUCCCUGAGCUUUUAGCAGAAACACAAAUACAAUUUCCGCAUUUGCAGGAAGUUGCACGGAGGCUGAAAAUGAGUCAAAUGAAUCAUGAGGCAGGUCGUGAAAUAAUAAACUUAUUACAAGAGAAGUACAGCACCUUCAGUAAAGGCACUCUCGAGGCUUAUGAACUAGGGUUAAUAUUAGCAGAACUGCUUAUCUACCAAGGACAAUAUGAAAAUGCUAUAAUACUUCUGCAAAAUGAUUACGGAAGCAAUCUUAAAGGCGGCACCCAAGGGGACCCAAAUUCCAAUGAAGUGCCAGUGGAACGUGUUCUUGGUCCGUCGGAUGCGAGGCCUGAACUAUACCUGGCUGCUGCAUACAUGAUGUUAGGUAAGGAACAAGAGGCCAGAAAUAAAUGGAAAGAUUUUAAAGAAAAGGCUAGAGGGAUUUUUGGGCCACCCUUGACUGACAAGGAAGAUGAGAUCGGAGGUGGAGAAGCACCGGGCGUCACCUUGAAGUUUAAAGUAUUUAAAGGUCACAUGUUGAAAUUAAAACGAAGGAUAGAUGCAGCAGGAUCAUGAUGGGAAUUCUCUCUCUCUCGAUUUUAUUUUAUUUUUUGUUCUUUGCCGACCGAUGAUGAACAGUCCAUACCAAUAUUAGUACUUCCUUUCGCCAGAUCAUUUUCACCGUAUAUGUAGUUUCUUCGUAAAACAAUCAUCACCAUAUAAUUAGAUAUACAUGGAAUUCAAUAAAGAAGGUGCUUCUUUUCGACCGAAAGAAAGCCGACAUCCAA